UUGUGUUUCACUGGUUCUCGCUGUUAGGUCAUACAGAUCUUCUACAGGAACUCUAUAUAUGGUCUUCACGUAGGCAGGUCAUGAUUACAUCAACCCAAAUGAAAUGGAAAGCAGCACAUGCAGGAAACUGUAAAAGUGUGGCUUCUGUAAAAGGGAAAAGACGACAGACUUUGUAACAAAUCUACCUGUCGACCCACAAUUAGCUGCAAUGACAACGUCCCAAAAACAUAGACGUUUCUGUUCUGAGCCAAUGGGGGAUAAACUUGUAUAUGAGCUCCCUGGAAUUGGUCCUGUGCUGGGCGGACGACUGCAGAACAGGGGUAUAAUAAGAGCGCGAGAUGUCCUGGGGCGAUUCCUGGUCUUGAACAAAGAUGAGUGGAAGUUUAAGAACUGGCUUAGAGACUCAUGUGGGGCAAAUGCAAAGCAGCAGAGGGACUGUUACAACUGUAUGAGGGAAUGGACAAGUAAUAAUUUGUAAAGAAGAAAAUAUUAACAGGUUUGUCAAAUAAAGUAAUAAUUAAUGUAUCAUAUACCCAGAUUAGUUUCUGUGUUAUUUUCAGUUAUAUGGAAAUAAACAAUACAUCUUUGUCA